CAGUGGCGCAAGGACCCUUACGUAGCAAAUUGGACGGCCGACAUGUGGAGGCUGUGCUCUUUUUAGCAACGUGGAACCAGGACCAGAAACGCAACGCCCUGCACCUGCAAUGAUCUGCCGAAUCGCUUGAAACAGCCAUUCCCUUUCGUCUUAUGUGGUCGUAACUUCUAUUUUGUUGCGCUUUGGAAGCAUUUUUUUCUUGUUUCCUAUUCAAACACCGUGCUUCUUGUCUAUUCAGUCCUUAUUCCGGUCUCUUUGCCCAUUGUUGUUUUGGUCUUUCUCUUCAUCGUUUUCCGUGUCUCUGUCUCUUUUUUGUUCUCUCUCUUUUUUAUUCUCUUUUGGGUUGCGUUCACCCAUCAACCCGUCUUACAUUUCCCCUUGUUCACCUGUCUCGCCCCUCGCGUUGGGGUGCUGACAGAUUGAAGCCGGCUUCUUUCCUCCCACCUACGAAACCGCCACGUAGACGAUCUUUCGCCAUCCAGCGGUCGUCAUAUGACAUUUCCUCAUCGAACACAAUCGAUUUCCUCCCUUUAGUUUUACCUCAUUUCUCGACGCCCGAGAGUGCUACCCUCAUACAUAACAGCCAGGGCAUUUCGAACGAUGAGGCUCGCCUACGGCCUCACCCUAUUGGGUGCUGCUUCCAGCCUCGCCGCGCAUUCGAAAGUAACGCCGCGCGAUUUCAACACCAAUGACUACUACGUCGUCCACCUAGCCUCUGAUGCAGAACCCGCCGUCGUUGCGCGAGAACUGGGUCUGACACAUGUUGGUCAACUUGGAGAGCUUGACAGUCAUCAUGUCUUCUCUGGCGAAAAAGCGCCGCACGAUAUUGUCAAGCGAGGUCUGGAAAAGCGAGGCCUGGAACGACGUAGCGCCUUUGGCAGCAGUGCUCUAGAUGGUGUUCUGUUCUCGGAGAAGCAGGCUUUGCGAAGCCCUUGGCCGAAGAGAGUACCUCCGCCGCCUCGCGCUGGACCAAGCCCUUUCCGCGCCCGUCAGGAGGAUGCUCCGGACGCCAAUGCGGUCAAGAAGCUGACACAGAUCGCCAAGACUUUGAAUAUCGAGGAUCCUAUCUUCCAUGAGCAAUGGCAUCUGUUUAAUUCCGUCCAACUAGGCCAUGACGUAAAUGUUACCGACGUUUGGUUGAGUGGGGUGACCGGAAAGAACGCCACUGUUUCAAUUGUCGACGAUGGCCUAGACAUGUACAGUGACGAUCUGAAGGGCAACUACUACGCAAAAGGCUCAUACGACUUUAAUGACAAGACCGAAGAGCCCAAGCCGAGGCUAUCUGACGACAGGCACGGUACUCGUUGUGCUGGAGAAGUGGCGGCCGUCCGGAAUGAUGUAUGUGGUGUUGGCGUCGCCUUCGACGCAAAAGUCUCAGGUUUGCGUAUUCUGAGCAAGCUUAUAAGCGACGCGGAUGAGGCUGUCGCUCUUAACUACGACUUUCAUAACAACCACAUUUACUCUUGCUCUUGGGGGCCUCCAGAUGAUGGCAAAAGCAUGGACGCUCCGGGGCUCCUGAUUCGCCGCGCAAUGUUGAAUGCCGUGCAAAAGGGCCGUGACGGCAAAGGCUCAAUCUACGUUUUUGCCAGUGGAAACGGAGCCGCCAACGAGGACAACUGUAACUUCGACGGGUACACCAACAGCAUCUACAGCAUCACAGUGGGUGCCAUUGAUAGGAAGGGCUUGCAUCCAUACUACUCCGAGGCCUGCUCCGCCAACCUGGUCGUCACAUACUCUUCUGGUAGUGGCGACGCAAUUCACACCACGGAUGUCGGCACAAACCAGUGCUACAAUGGGCACGGAGGCACGUCAGCAGCAGCUCCUCUAGCCGCAGGAAUUUUUGCUCUUGUCUUGGAGGUCCGCCCAGAUCUUACCUGGAGAGACAUGCAGUACCUCGCUUUCAUGACAGCCGUACCGCUGAACCUUGACUCUGGCGACUGGCAAGAUACCACUAUCGGCAAGAAGUACAGUCACACUUACGGAUACGGCAAGGUUGAUACUUUUGGCAUCGUAGAGGCUGCCAAGACUUGGAAGCUCGUCAAGCCUCAGGCUUACUUUUUCUCACCUUGGAUACAUGUGAAGCAUGGUAUUCCUGAGGGCGAUGCUGGCCUCGCUACCAAAUUCGAGGUUACUGAGGAUAUGCUUGCAAAGGCCAACCUUGAGCGGGUUGAGCAUGUCACUGUAACGAUGAACAUAGAGCACUCUCGCCGUGGCGAUCUCAGCGUGGACCUCAUUAGUCCGAACAAGGUCAUCAGCCAUCUCUCCGUCACGAGACGCCUUGAUAACGCCAAGUCGGGCUACAAAGACUGGACUUUCAUGAGUGUUGUGCACUGGGGUGAAUCGGGAGUUGGCACCUGGACCAUCGUGGUCAGAGAUACCAAGGCCAAUGAAUUCCAAGGCAACUUCACAGAUUGGCAUCUCAAGCUGUGGGGUGAAGCCCGGGAUGCUUCGAAAGCGGUACUUUUGCCCAUGCCAACAGAAAACGACGACAAGGAUCACGACAAGCCGUCCACGACCACAGUCGCAGCUGAGACGAUCACUAUGCCGCCGGGUUCCGCGUCGACCCCCGACAAGCCCAUCACCACCCCGUCUAGCGGCCACCCCGACCGACCGGUCAAUAACAAGCCAACCGGAGCAGGGUCUCCCGGUUCCCAGGUCUCUCAGGUCACCACUGAUCAGGGAUCAGCCGUUAGCGGAAGCCCGGCUACUCAAUCAAACUCAUCGUGGCUUCCAUCCUUUUUGCCCACAUUCGGAGUAUCGUCGCACACUCAAGUUUGGAUAUAUGGCGCCUUGGGUCUGAUUGUAGUCUUUUGCAUCGGUCUCGGCAUUUAUCUGUUCAUGGCUCGCCAGCGUAGGCUGCGAAACAGCCCACGGGAUAACUAUGAGUUUGAGUUGCUUGAUGAGGAAGAAGCCGAGGGUUUGAACCGUGGUGAAAAGGGCUUCACGGGAGGCCAGAAAGGACGUAAAACCCGAGGCGGUGAGCUGUACGAUGCUUUUGCUGGUGGAAGCGACGAUGAAGACGAGUUUGCUACAGAGCAGUAUCAUGACCGUGCUGAAGGUAGCGCUGAAAGGACGCACGACAAUGAUGAUGAUGGGCAUCAUGUCAUCGGAGACGACUCGGAAGAUGAGGAUGAGAAAAGGCCUAUGACUUCACGAUGAAGUGCAUGGGGCGACGCUACAUAGUAUAUAGAUCCUUCGUUAUGUGUUGGCUUACUCUGCGCCAUUUUCGAUAGUCACCGGAAGUUUGUGUAGAAGGUUGGACACCGAAGAGCCCAGAACUCAUUACGUGAAGCAAUGGCAUGUGCCACCUACAUUUCAAGGAUUGUUCUAGUUGUACAUUUGAUAAGAAAAAUUCAUCUCUCUUAUAUCAUUUGCGUCCUUCCCACCAGUGACCUGGGAGGGAGGGCAUGUUGGCUAGAAUAGGGAAUUAACGACCUUUUCUAGUGUGGAUGUCGUGAAGACACUCAGACAGCCCUUCUCUCAAUACAUACUACACGGCUGUAAUUAUAGACGUCCCGAACGUCAGCAACAUUCAACAAUGACCAGCUUCCUAAUCGCAUUGAUAUUGGCCAUCUAGUUAGUGCCUGGCAAACUGGUAUCAUAUUCCAACUGGUAGUAUAAUGCAAACCUAACAAUGC